UUUAAAUAAUCAUAAAUACAUUGAUGCCAUUCACAGCAAAAGUGGGAUAGAAAACUCUAUUGAAUAAAGCACUUUAACAACUUAAAUGAAGAAGACAAGAAAGAACAAGACAAAAAUAAGAACACAAAUGAUGCCCUGAAAAAAAGAGACAGAAAACGCUGCACGGCCAAACUCUAAUAAACAAGUUGUAUCCUGUCAUUCUUCCAAGGGACGCAGAGCAACAUUUUAGCAUCAAAGCUAACAUAUGAGAUGCAGCAGGACCUCCAAGAAAAGGACCUGAACCCACUCAAGCUGCAAGAUCAACAGAACCUGCUGGGGCAAUGCAACAGGAAAAGGCGCAACCAAUCAAGGAGAUGGAAGAGGCAGCUGACACAGAGAAUAAGCGACCAGGAACCCCCAUCAAUGAAUAUGCUCAAGCUCAGCUGCAAGAAGUCAUCAAGAAAAUGCGAGAAAAGACAGCCAUGUAUAAACAAAAGCUGACUGAUCCAGUCAUCUCCUCUCCUGAACCUAGUCCAACAGCCACACCCAAAAAGAAGGUGCCACCCCCUCCACCAAAAGAGGAGAAAAAGGCAGAAGAAGCCAAAGCAGAGGAGGAGCAUUACUGUGACAUGCUAUGCUGUAAAUUCAAAAGGCCACCUAUGAAAGGAUACAUAAAGAAAAUGAAGCUACCAGAAAGCAUAGAUGCAUACACAGACCGCUGCUACAUAGGAUGGUUGUUCUUGGUCGUCCUUGCUUAUAACUGGAACUGCUGGUUCAUCCCACUGCUAUUAGUAUUUCCAGUUCAGACAUCAAGCAACAUGAUAUACUGGAUUGUGGCAGACAUCUUAUGUGAUAUCUGCUAUGUCUGUGAUCUGGUGUUAUUUCAGCCCCGAGUACAAUUUGUGAGAGGUGGAGAUAUAAUAACAGAUAAAGUAGAAAUGAAGAAAUUCUACCAGAGUUCAUUAAAAUUCCAGCUUGAUAUGUUAUCCGUAAUACCGUUUGAUGUCUUGUGUGUUAUAUUUGGGUUUAACGCAGUAUUUAGAGUGAACAAGGUGAUUAAGCAUCUCACAUUCUUUGAAUUCAAUGACCGAUUGGAGGCAAUCAUGGAUAAAGCAUACAUUUACAAAGUAAUUCGAACUACUGGGUACCUGUUGUUUAUCCUGCAUGUUAAUGCAUGCAUAUAUUACUGGGCCUCAACCUAUAAAGGACUUGGCAGCACUAAAUGGGUGUACGAUGGCAAAGGAAACAGGUAUCUAAGAUGUUACUACUGGGCAGUUCGCACUUUAAUCACUAUUGGUGGACUUCCAGAACCAGUAACUAUGUUUGAAAUCAUCUUUCAACUUCUGAAUUUUUUCUCAGAAGUCUUUGUAUUCUCCAGCUUGAUUGGUCAGAUGCGUGAUGUCAUUGGAGCAGCAACAGCAGGGCAGAACUACUACCGUGCCUGUAUGGAUAACACAGUAUCAUACAUGAACACUUAUACAAUUCUAAGAAUUGUUCAGAAUCGUGUUCGAACUUGGUAUGAGUAUACGUGGGAUUCACAAGGAAUGCUGGAUGAAUCCGAACUGCUGGAGCAGAUGCCAGGAAAAAUGCAGCUAGCCAUUGCAAUUGAUGUGAACUUUGCCAUUGUCAGCAAAGUUGACUUGUUCAAAGGAUGCGAUACGCAAAUGAUAUGUGACAUGUUGCUGAGACUGAAAUCCAUUGUGUAUUUACCAGGCGACUUUGUCUGCAAAAAGGGAGAAAUUGGUAGAGAAAUGUACAUCAUCAAACAAGGCGAGGUUCAAGUACUUGGAGGUCCUGAUGGCACCAAGGUCCUGGUCACCUUGACAGCAGGAGCUGUAUUUGGAGAGAUUAGCCUAUUAGCAGCAAGUGGAGGAAAUCGGCGGACUGCAAACGUGGUGGCCCAUGGAUUUGCCAACCUUUUUAUUCUUGACAAGAAGACCCUCAAUGAAAUCUUGGUGCACUACCCUGACUCUGAAAAGCUCUUGAGGAAGAAGGGAAAAGCACUCAUGAAGAAGACAGGCAAGGCUGCUGGGGAUCCACCACAACUUGCAAAAGGCUUCGCCCCGCUCACACAGAAAAUAGAACCACCCAAGAUGUUCAAAGCAUUGCUUGGUAGGCAAGGUGGAGGCAUGGCUACGAUUAUCAAGCUGAAGAGAGCACAAGAUGCCCAGGAGGAAAGAGAAAGGGAGGAACAAGCCAAGAAAGAGAAAGAACAAGAAAAGGCAGAAAAAGCAAAAAGCAGAAGCAAAGUGUGAAACCAAACCAACAGAAAAAAAACCCCAACACAAGCUCCUGAGGCCGAAGAGCCACAAGCACAAAUUGAGCCAACUGCCCCUAAAGAAGAGCCAGUUGCCAACCACCAGCCAUCACCGCCAUCACCUCCUCCUAAACCAGGUUUGCUCAGAGGAACCACUAGCCAGUCCCUUAUCAUUAGCAUGACUCCUUCCCCCACACCUGGGGAAGGAGACAUCCUUACUGUUGAAGUCAAAGAGAGAAAAAAAGCAUAAACUAGUGGAUCUUCUUGCUCUGCUUUCUAUCCAAGACUGUGUCCACAGUGAUUGCCCAAUUCAGUUUUCUGAGAAUGUGACCAUUUCAGACAUUUUUGCACGGCCAAUGAACAUGGGGCAGGGGCUUCAGCAUUGCAAUGGCAGGUUCAACCUAUGCGCAUUGGUUGUAAAGUCUGAAAAGAGUCCCGCGACUGUUUAUUUUUAUCUAAUUUAUUAAAUUUCUAUCCCUGCCUUCUUCCCAAAGGGCGAGCUCCUGUGUACAUUACAACUGUAUACACAGGCAAUGGUGUCCACAGAAAUAAUUAUUUAGGGAGGCAUGGCCUGUUUAUUGUGACUAAAGGUAACUGGCCCAACACGCUGCGCUCUUUAUUUCACUGAUAGCUCCCCAUACUCUUGUGGGGUGCUAAAAAGAAACAACAAGCAUCACAGGAGGGCUGGGCUAUUCCUUUAUGGAUGGUUUACUCUAGGGUAGACCGACUUCAGACUUGCUCAAUCCUUUUUUUUAUUUGAAUUACUGCAAAUGAUAAAGAUAUGUACCAGUGGAUUUCCUUCCAACUUCUGUCCACCCCAGUUUGCUGCAUUAUAUGGUAUACAUUUUGGAACUAAUCUGUAACAAACUGUUGUAAUCUGUCCACUAAUACAGCAGGAGAUAGGCAGACGUUUGCCAAUGUAUCUGCAUCAGUAUAAGGAUUGUAACUCUUGGUUUCACAUGCUUGCAUUCAGAUUUCAUUUUAAACACUUUGGGUUGUUUUCAGCUAAGUUCUACUGAGAUUAGACCCAUUGAAAUCAAUGUACCUAAAUUAUUCAUGUCCAUUAAAUUCAAUGCUCUACCCUGAGUAGGACUAGCUUUGGAUGCAACCAUUUACCUUUAAUAUUUAAAUGACUUUUUUUUAAAAAGCAAGCAACUGGUUUUUCAAUUACAAAAAUAAUUAUUUCAUCUAAUGAGCACUUAACAAAACACCCUCCUCAUCUUCCACUUUUUCAGUGAUAUCCUGUGGGUAUAAUAUGCAUAGCCUGUCUCUUUAAGAGCAGAUCUUAAUCCAGUUAGAUUAGUGCAGCGCCUCCCAAACAUUUUUCCUUCCAAGGGCCACUUGCCGAUGGUCUUGGCAAACCACAGAAUGAUUUUUCUAACUGUUGCAGCAAUUGGAGUAAACUGCACUAGAUGGCUGUAUGAUUUUAAUUGUAUUUUUGUCUCUUCUAUUCCUUAUAUUGGAAUUUAUUGUAUUAUUUGCAUUCCAUAAACUAAAAUUGUAACAAAAGAAACAAUUAAAUGCAAUUAAAAAUUGAUAUGAAUAUGUAAUGUGUACAUGCUACAAACCAUCUGAAUGAAGCUUCUGGAUGGUCUGUAGUUCAGAGAAAGACCUAGGCUAGGGGUGUUAGGGUGUUUGUAUAGUCCA